CGGGGUAAAUAGCAGUCAAGUCCGUCUGUUUUUCGGCGAUAAGAACGUGUGGUCUGGGCUGCGCACCAAUUGGAGGGCUGCCUGGCUGCCUCCACUCGGCGUUUGGGCUGUUCGAUCAUCUUAACGCAGCAUGCACUAGUUAGCCGACUAGUGGUUUUUUUUGCGACCAAGCAACAGGGCGGCGUGCGGAGUUUAGCGUCAUAGGAGCGGUAGUGUUGGCUGCUUUCAUCAGGGAAUUUUUAUUCCUUGGUAGUAGUGCAGAAAGUGAGGGGGGCAAGGAGGGGCAUGGCGAAAAAGUAUAAAUCCGGGAAGGGCCCAUUGCAACUGUGACAGCUGGCAGACCUGGUUUUAUUCUUUGUAUGUACAAAGCAUUUCUUUUUUAUUCCUACACAUUUCUUCUCUAUUCAAAAUGUCCGACUACAAGUUUGAGGGAUGGCUCGGCAACGACAAGGAGUCUGCCGAGGGCAACAUGGUCUGGGGCGAGUUCGAGCCCAAGAAGUGGGAGGACGAUGACGUUGAUAUCCAGAUCACCCACUCUGGUAUCUGCGGCUCUGACCUUCACACUCUUCGCUCUGGCUGGGGUCCUACUCCCUACCCUUGCGUUGUCGGCCACGAGAUUGUCGGUGUUGCCGUUCGUGUUGGUGACAAGGCCGAGGGCAACAUCAAGGUUGGCGACCUCGUCGGUGUUGGUGCCCAGGCCGAUUCUUGCAUGAACCGCAAGCCUGAGCAGCAGGAAUGCAAUGCCUGCAAGACCAACCACGAGUCUUACUGCAUCAACGGCAUGGUCAACACCUACGGUGGCUUCCACAAGAACGGCGAUAAGUCGUACGGUGGCUACGCUACUCACCACCGCGCCAAGUCGCACUUUGUUGUCCCUGUCCCCAAGGGCCUGAAGCCCGAGUACGCUGCUCCUCUCCUUUGCGGUGGCAUCACCGUCUACUCUCCCCUCCGUGCCUGGGGCUGCGGUCCCGGCAAGAAGGUUGGCAUCGUUGGUGUCGGUGGUCUUGGCCAUUUUGCCGUCCUCUUUGCCAAGGCCCUCGGUGCCGACGAGGUUGUUGGUAUCUCCCGUCGCGAGGCUAAGCGCGAUGAAGCUAUCAAGCUUGGCUGCACUGACUACAUUGCCACCGCUGAUGAAAAGGGCUGGGCAAAGAAGAACGCCAACCGCUUCGACCUCAUCAUCUCUACCGUCUCCUCUGCAGAUAUGCCCAUGCAGCAGUACCUCUCGACACUCGCAUUCGACGGCACCCUCGUCCAGGUUGGCGCUCCCGAGGAGCCCAUCCCUAUCAGCCCCUUCCCUCUCAUCUUGGGACGUCGCAGACUUGCCGGCUCUGCCAUUGGCAGCCCCAAGGAGAUUGCUGAGAUGUUCCAGCUCUGCGUCGACAAGGACAUUCACCCAUGGGUCGAGCUCCGUCCUAUGGAGGAUGCCAACAAGGCUAUUGUUGACCUUGAGAAGGGCCUGCCUCGCUUCCGUUACGUCUUGACAAACAAGGAGUAAGCGCUACCCCUUUCCCGACCGAUAGAAAAAAAUAGAACACGAGGAGAGAACUUGCGAGUAACAAGAAACAAAAGGAACGGCGAGCCUCUGCGCAAAGUCAACAGCCCCUCGCAGCACCGGCUGUGAAGAGCACCGUGACGACCAUGUGCCGACAUGCCGUAGUGGGUUGUACGAGCGGGAUUUCAGUAACCCCUACGGGCUGAGCCAGGAUGGCAUCGUUCAGAAAGUUUAGUAGUAGUUAUGAUGAUGAGAAGACGACCUGGGAUGGCGUCUUGGAUACGAUGUAGAUGAGUCAAAGAUGAAUGAAGAAAAUAGAACUUACAGCCUGACUGACCAUGAUGCUUGUUUCUGAAUAUUGUGACUUGUACAUACCUCUCUCUGAGAAUGACAACAUCACACCGGACAUAUCUCGUGCGUGGUUUUAAUUAUAGCUCAGUAGGGAUACGUUGGCGGAAUGACCCAGUGGCGUUUAUCUGUACGAGAUUCCUCGCUGCGCUAAGUGAGAGUGGCAAACCUAAAUUAGACACUGGGAUAGCUCUGGCAGCCUGUAUGCGCACGUCCAGAAUGAGAGUCUGUAUAAGCUGACAGUGAUAAAAGAUGGGAUGAAUUACACCAGCAGUCCGCAG